GAGAUAUUGGUGGUUUAAAAGUAGAUUAAUUCUAUUUUUGAUACUGUUUACGUUGGUUAAACCUGAUUUAACCGAUGAACAACCUGGACCUUGCAAUACGGAGACAAGACCAAAACGUAGGAAGGUUGUCGCACAUUGUAAGAAAUGUGGUUUUAAAGCUGAUACAGAGACAAAGCUAGAAGGACAUACAUGUGACGAGCCGGCGAUGGGAGAACCUAGUGAACAAGAAGCGACUACUAAUGACACGGACUUUUCAACGAGUUCAAGCAAUGUUUACGAAAACGAACAAGUACAAACAACUCCGGACGAAACUGUUGAUGCGCCUAGGAACAAAGAACAAAUUGAAAAUGAACCGCCCACAACAUCAUCUAAUCGGCAUAAGAUCAUCUCAUGUGAUCUUUGUGGUACAGUUCAGCAUUCUCAUAACAUGGAACGUCACAAAAAUAGCAAUCGUUGUAGAAUACGUUGUGAAAUAUGUGGUAUUCGUGUUACAUCUGGAGUCUACCAAGAACACAAGAGUACUCACUUGAUGAAUCUAAAUCUGGGGUUUGGUGAUUCAUCUAAUUCAACUGAACCUACGCCAAGUCCAUUUGAAGUGGAAGUUGAAGAGGAGCACAGCGAUAUCUACAAGAUUUUCGCCAGAUAUAUUAAAAGUAAAGUGAAGUUAGGUAGAUUAAUGGAUCGGUUCAAUUUCCAAGUGUCUAACUUCAGUCCGAGUGAGUUGGUUCAUCUGUUCAAGAAAGUCUUCAGAGCUCAGAAAAACGCUUUUAAGGUGAACUUGUCCAUGGGGUUGAUUCUGCAACACAAGACUUCUGGAGAGUACAGAUUCAAUUGGAGUUCACAGAACAAUCAACUCCUAUUUAUGAAACCCGGUCUUAUUCGUAACUCGAUGGAUAAGGCUAAUUUCAUAAAAGCCUUGAAUGAAAUCUGUCUUAUAAACAAGGUUUUAAGACCUAACAGUGAAUGGAUCUUUGUUAAAGUAACGAACAUAGAGUUUUUCAUCUACAAAAUGCCUGGAAUUGCUAUAGGUUCUUCAGUUGAUCUCCCUGCACACCUCUUAAGGAAUAAAGGACUACUCUCUCUUACAAAAGACAAAAGAGGUAAAACAUUCACCGAUAAGAAAUGUUUCUUUCGUUGCUUGGCUUUGUAUUUCGAGACACCACUUAAUGGACUUGAAAGAAAGACCAACAAACUUCUGAAAACGUACUGUGAAAAAGCUUCGAUAACUCACUUUGAUGGAAUAUAUCUUGAGCAGCUUGAGGAGAUAUCAAGAAUUUUUGGUGUUCCAAUCAAUGUAUACCAACAAGAUGAGAAUCGGAACACAAACCUUCUAUACCGGACAACUCUGGAGUCAGAAAAAACACUCAAUCUUAAUCUCUUUAUUGAUCAUUUUAGCUUCAUUAAAGAUCUUAGCGUUUACUCUAGGUCAUUUCGGUGUCAAAAGUGUGACAAAAUCUGGACCAAUUCUGGACACUUCCACCGUCACGUAAGAACAUGUGAAGCUGGUAUAAAAGAAUACUAUGGCAACGGUACAUUUUCUGUAAAACCGACCAUUUAUGAUGAACUCAGUGAUGUAGGUAUCGAUAUCCCUGAAGAUCUGCGGAACUUUCCCUACCGGGCAACAUUUGACAUCGAAUGUUUAUUAAAGAGCACAGAUGAAAGUACUGAAAAGAUCGAUUACUGUAGUGAACACGUGUUAGUGUCAGUAUCGGUAUGUUCAAAUGUUGAUGGUUUCUUGGAACCAAAGUGUUUUGUCCUAGGGAAAGAGGGGGAUCAGAAACAACUUGUAAAAGAUAUGUUGGAUUAUCUGCUCCAAAUAAGCGAAACAUCGGCCAUGCUCCUUAGGGAAAGAUAUGCAGAUUUUCUGGAUACCAUAGAAAAGUCGCCAUUGCAAGAUAAGUUCGAGAGCUACAUUGGUCAGUUGCCGGUUUUAAGUUUCAACGGGGCCAGAUAUGAUCUAAAAGUGCUCAAGACGACACUUAUUCCAGUUCUUAUUGAGCUCGACUCGGUCAAAUUUGCAAUUAAGAAGGGUACAGGUUACAUGGUUAUAGCAACAGAGGAGCUGAAAUUUCUCGAUGCGACAUACUACAUUGCCCCAGGAUUUAAUUAUGAUUCAUUUUUAAAGGCAUACGGAGUGAAGCAGAAAAAGUCGUACUUCCCUUAUGAACACUUAGAUUCUCUAGAAAAACUUGACUCAAGAGAAUUUCCAGCUUAUAAGGAUUUUCAUUCGUCUCUUAAGAACUGCAACACUUUAGAACCUUUAGGAAAAAAGGAUCUAACUGAAAGUGAAGUAAGAUUGUUAGGAUACACCGAUACAAAAGACAAACUUUUCACGGCAGAAGAUGCUAAAGUUAUUGGUCAGAGUAGAUACCGUGAUUUGAAGAAUAGGUUUGAAGAAAACAAGUGGAACAUCCGUGACUACCUUAUUUACUAUAACAAUUUAGACGUUAAACCAUUUAUCGAUGCCCUGGAAAAUAUGACGAAAUAUUACACGGAGAGAGGGGUUGAUGUUUUUAAAGAUGCUGUUUCAGCGCCAGGUAUUGCAGAAAGGAUUGCUUUCCAAACUCUUGAAAAGGAUGAGACUUUUUUCCUUUUCAAUAAGAAGAACAAGGAUCUUGUCAAACUCUUCCGGGAUAAUUUGGUUGGAGGACCCGCUCUAAUAUUUGACCGUCAUCAGGAAGCCGGUAAAACGAAGAUACGACAUGAUCCAGAUGGUCCUGAUUGUGUUAAGAUUUUGGGAUUUGAUGCAAACGCUCUAUACUUGGGCUGUAUGGCCGAGGAAUGUCCAUGUGCUAUGUAUGUAAGACGACGGGCUGAAAACGGUUUCGUAAAAGAGUAUCCAACUCCCCAAUCCUACGCUGCUACAGAUUGGUUGGCCCACAAAGAAGUGGAAGAUAAUGUGUACAUCCAGCAUGCCAGGAAUGGACCGGAGUUUAAAAUCGGUGUUAAGAAAAUCCCAGUCGAUGGGUACUGUCAGACGACGAACACCGUUUACCAAUUCCACGGGUGUUAUUUCCAUGGAUGCAGAUCUUGCUUUCCGGAUGCCUACCAUGAUAGAAAGGACGCUAAAAAUGGUUGGAAAUCUCUAGACGAACGUUUCCAGUAUACCAAGGAUAUCUCUGAGUAUAUCAUUGGAGCUGGUUAUGAUCUGCAGGAAAUGUGGGAGUGUCAGUGGAAAGAACUAAAGAAGAAUACCACAACUAAGAACAAAUACUUGUAUCCUGGUGAAGAUAAGUUCCGACUGACAGAGAUCGAAAUUAUUGACAUGAUUAUGGAUGGAUCACUGUUUGGAGCAAUUGAAGUUGAUAUAGAGGUUCCUGAAAACUUGAAGGAAAAGUUCUCUGAAAUGACACCGAUCUUCAAAAAUGUUGAAGUCACGGUUGAUGACAUAGGCGAUUUCAUGAUAGGUUAUCUCAAAGAUUCUGGAAAGAAGUUUCACAACACUCGAUAUUUAAUUGGCUCGAUGUUUGGAAACAAGAUUCUACUUAUCACACCAUUGAUCAAGUGGUAUCUGGAACACGGUCUUGUUAUUACUAAAGUACAUCAAGUAAUCCAAUUCCAACCUAAAAGAUGCUUCAAACGGUUCGCUAACCAAGUUUCAGACGACCGUAGAGCAGGAGAUGCAGAUAGCAGUAUGGCUAUGAUAGCUGAAACAUCUAAACUGUUAGGUAACUCUGUAUACGGACAUUCUAUUAUGGAUAAAUCUAAGUUUACGAAUGUGACAUUCUGCGCUUUUGACCAAGCUACCAAACUCGUCAACGAUCCAUUUUUCCAUAGUUUAGAUGAAUUUGAAAACGAGACAUUUGAGAUUGUACGAUUGAAGAAGUCUGUGAAAUACGAUUUACCCCUACAACUUGGAUAUUUUGUUUAUCAAUAUGCGAAACUCAAGAUGUUGUCAUUUUACUUUGACGUUGUGGAUAGGUUCAUCGAUAGACGAGAUUUUUCACUCCUUGAAAUGGAUACUGACAGUCUUUAUUUAGCUCUUAGUGCAACAUCGUUAAACGAAGUGAUAAAACCAGAGAUGCAGAGUGAAUGGCCAGAAACAAAAGCUCGUUGGUUCCCCCGUUCUGAUUCACCUGAGAACAAAGCCUACGACAAAAGAACUCCUGGACUGUUUAAGCUGGAAUGGUCGGGGGAUGGUUUCGUCGGACUCAACGCGAAAACCUAUUACUGUUAUGAUAGAAGUGAUCCUAAGAAAGAUAAACAUAGUAGUAAAGGAAUCAGUAGAGCUUUUAACCUUUCAAAAGAAGACUACCUUAACGUUCUUGAUACAAAGUACAUUAGUAACCAGGAGAAUAGGGGUUUUGUAUUUAGAAACAACAAAAUGUAUUCGUAUGUUAUGCAAAAGCAAGGUCUGACAUACUUUUACUGCAAAAGGAAAUUGCUGGCUAAUGGUUUAUCAACGACAUAUCUCGAUAUUUAGUUAUUUUUCUUAAUAAAUUACAGUUAUUAAUGACAGAAUUCGUUCUUUGGUGACAUAUGCUUAUUUUCUUAGCAUAAUUGUGUUAAAAUGUAUCUAAGGAAUUAUAUAAAUUACUUUUCUCACUUAAUUUUAUUUUUAGAGUGAAUACUUACUGUAUCUGUAAACAAACGUUUGUUGAACA